UUAAUGGCAAAACCUCUGCUGCUCUCAGGGUUAGUUGGUCUUACGCUGCUGUUAUCUUGUGAAGGGGCCUUGUUCUUGGUCGGAGACACCGCCGGCUGGGAUACUAGCGCUGAUCUCGCUACAUGGCCGGAGGCCAGAGUUUUCUCUGUUGGUGAUAUUUUAUCAUUCCAAUAUUCCAGUUACCACACAGUCAACCAGGUGGACAAAAAUGGCUAUAACACCUGCAACACUUCAAAUGCUAUCCUCACAAGUUCUGGUGGGAACACCACUGUCCCUCUUACUAGCGUUGGCGAUAAGUAUUUCAUUUGUUCAAAUGUUCCGCACUGUUUUGGAGGCAUGAAGCUUAAAGUUACUGUGAUUAGCAACCAAACAGCCUCGCCGCCGGUUGCUGCAUCGCCGGAGUUGUCUCCGUCGACUACUCUCCCUCGGAGCUCGUCAACGACAACGAAUGCCAAUUUAUUGCCACCUGAAUCUAAUGGCGUGGAUCGUGGUGGAAGGAGUCAUGCCUUGUUCAUUAGUUUGUGCUUUACUUUUGGAGCUUUGUGGUGGUGGUUGAUGAAAUUUUGAGUGAAUGUAGAAAAUAUUUUUCAUUGGUGUGACAAUGUUGAAUAAAUAACUUUAAAUUUUAGGGCUUGGACGUUGUUAAUAUGUAAUGUGUUGGAAUGAUGGCCAUAUUUUUGGGUAUUUUUAUGACUUUCGAAACUAAUAAUGUUGGAAGCUUUGGCUUGGUUGUCAUAUUUGGAUAUGGGGUUGAUUAGUGCAUAUAUUGAUGUAC